GUACUGCUACCAAGCCUGGAGCUGCCUUUCAGAAUGAAUACACAAUUCACAGCGCUGCCCCCUGCCCCAUCUUUCUCCUCCCCCGCCGCUUUCACCCUCCUAGCCUUAGCGCUCUCACAGACAACGAGACGGCACAGAUCGGCUGCUGAAUGAGGAGGGUGAGAAGAGGAAAAUGGAAACGAAAAAAGGGAAGAGAAGCCGAUAGGGGGAGGGAAGAUAACACAAGAGCAUGUGAAUCAGAGGAAAGAGAGAAGCAAGAGGAAGCAUUAGCAUGGUUAUGCAUCAUCCAGAGAAUUACCCAAUCUAUCGACUGCUGCAGUAAUAUUCACACCAUGGAGUGAGAGGACAGUGAAAGGAACUGUCAGCUGCCGUCUUUCUUCUGCCUUUGGCCAGAGGAAGCAUCAGCAGCAGCACCGUUGGCAUCAAGCCACUGGGGACAAUGCGCCAAAGACAGAGAGACUACAACACUGGAGCCCUGACACCUGUGCUGCUGAUGCACACAGACACAUAUCUUUUUUUCAUGCAUGUGUUAGAUAACCACGAGUUCCUGGAAGAGUAAUACAUUUUUCAAGAGACUGCUAUACUGAUAAAGAAGACCAUUAGUUUCACCUUCUAAUUAUAAGAAAGGCUGAUUUGUAACAUGUCAAAGUAAAUAAUGAGGACCUCAACUGUACGUGAGACCAAGAGGAAGAUCAGUGUGUGAGGAUUGCAUUUCAUCACAGGAAUGGAUUCAAGAAAUAAGCGAGUACUUAGAAGAAAACAGGGCAUCACCGGACAUCAACAAAUUGAUAUACAUACAUGUAUAUGGAAAUGGAAUACCAACACCAGUCCAUUUGUCAAUUCAUCACAUAAACGUCCCUUUAUCUCCUGGGAUCAAGACUUGAUCAAAUCCUGCUGACAAGUGGACUUCUACCAACUGAGUAAACUACUGCUAACAGAACUAUGCAGUGGAGACGACGCCACUGUUGUGCACACACAGCUAAACUUUUGUAUCUCCUCUCACUGUUGGGUGUACUGGUCUUUCUGGUCCACCAGGUGUGGCUGCCUAGGCUAACAGGUAUGCCAUGGUGGAGAGGUCAUCCAGUGGUGUAUGGAGGUGGGGGACUUCAAAACACCAAAACCAAACUGAAUAUGAGCUCUGAACAUUCAAUGUGGAGGUUUGUCAUUGUUCCUCAGCCGACUUUGAAGAUUGACGCCAACAUCAGCUUCCAUGAGAAGGAAGGUGUCUCCUCUCCUCGAGACCCAAGUUCUGACAACACCCUGGCAGCCAACACAAGCAUAAGUGGGGAGGGAGAUCUUAAAGGAAUGAUAACUCAUGGGCCUUUCUCUUAUGUUAUCAAUGAGCAAGACAAAUGUUCAGAAAACAGACCCGCCCCAUUUCUUGUAUUACUGAUAGCCACUGAGGCUCGGAAGGUGGAGGCAAGGAACGCUAUACGUCAGACGUGGGGGAAUGAGAGUGUCGCUCUGACUCUGGGAAUCAUCCGGCUCUUCAUGUUGGGGAAAAACGAGGGAGAGCUAGGACUUUUACAACAAAGGAUGCUAGAAGCAGAGAGCAAAAGGCAUCACGAUAUUAUUCAGCAGGACUUUGUAGAUUCCUACAAAAACCUGACCAUAAAGACGUUGAUGGGAAUGAAUUGGGUGGCAAUGCACUGCCCACGGGCCAGCUAUGUCAUGAAGACGGACAGUGACAUGUUCGUCAACACAGAGUACCUCAUAUAUAAGCUUCUCAUGCCAGAACUAUUUCCCAGGAAGAAUUACUUCACAGGAAAUAACAUGAGAGGCUUUGCACCUAACCGAAAUAAAAACAGCAAAUGGUACAUGCCACCAGAGCAGUACCCAAGUGAGAAGUACCCCACCUUCUGCUCUGGCACUGGUUACGUCUUAUCUGGAGACUUGGCGAUAAAAAUCUACCAAGCAUCUCUAAGUAUCCCUCACCUGCAUCUAGAGGAUGUGUAUGUGGGAAUAUGCCUGGCCAAGCUCCGGAUCGAGCCGGUGCCACCGCCCAAUGAGUUCCUAUUCAACCACUGGCGGGUUUCUUACUCCAGCUGCAAGUAUAGCCAUCUGAUAACAUCGCAUGGGUUUCAUCCCAAUGAACUACUUAAAUACUGGCAUCACCUACAAAGCAACAAACACAAUGCCUGCAUCAACACAUUUAAAGAGAGAGGGGGCAGGAUGCACGCAGUCCAAAGGAUUAAAUGAAACAAGCUCAAUAACUGACACUCACAAGCUCUUUUUUAAGCCCAUCUGGUUCUGUCUUUAGUGGGAAAAGGUACAAUUGUCAUAUUACUCUGCCAUAGUCACUGGUAACUGUCAGCUCCAGCUCAGAUUGGCAGUCAUGGAAACAUGACUCCCCUUUUCUGGUGUUAUCACAUUUGUCAUAGCUGUAACCUUGGUAACAUUUGUAAGACCUCAGACACAAAUUCCAUCGCAGUUCAAAACAGAGAGGCAAACUUGUCUCCUUGAGAUGAGAAAGGAGUCAAUUAUCUUUGUAGUGGGUUUGGUAAAGUUUAAGAAACCUGCAUAUCUAUGUUAACUUUGGGUUCCAAUCCUUUUUAUCUCAUACGAAGGGAUUUAUCAAUGUUUUUUAUAUGGGAACUCGGCAUAAAUGAGAAAAAACUGAUGAAGUGCUUCAUUAUUAUUGCCAAUUUUGUACAAAGGAAGAAAACAGUUUCUAUGUCUUGAUGCAAACCAUUGGAGAGUUUGUGUUCACAGUUCUAGUUCACACUUACUCUACUUUUUGGAAUAAUGUGCAUCAUACUACAUGAUUUAUAUGUGCAGAUACAAGUUCAAAACUAGAGUCAACAAGGUACAGUGCCAAUAAACGUUUUAACUUGCAUAUCAAAAGUCAGGGAAGUCAUUUUAAAAGAGUUUUAACAGUUAAGUAAUUACAGACUGAGAUUGCAGACCAUCAAUCAUUUUUGAGAUUACAAAUAAAAAUUACAUUUGGCUCUUAAACAACA